AUGAAGUUGAAUCUCUUCAAGAAUAUCGCGAAAAAGCCAUCUUCAAUAGUGGCAAUGGCUUCAAACAACAGCACAAUUGUGGUAUUCAGAAAGAACAAAACAAUCGAGUUGGUAGACUCUCGAACACUCGGAACAUAUGUCACGAUGGGAUUCGAGUACAAGGUUGUGUCCAGUAAGUUUAUCGAUCAGUAUGUUGUAGUAUGUGGGACUAAAUGUGAGAAGCUCGUUUUUUUCAAUAUUCACACGCUUGAGGCAACAUGCUCAGAUAUCAAUGGAUUUCCACUUGCAAUUGAUGUCAGGCAAGUAUCGGUUGAUUGCAAAUGGGGUUCUGUGUACUAUUCAAUUGGCCGGACAGUGUAUGAAUGGAAAGACUACGAAUCGAAUGUUUUUUAUCAUGGAGCAGCUGAAACAACUGCAAUAUUUGCUGCAAAUAAUGGAUUACUAAUCUUGGGUGAUGUGAAAGGACGAAUCAGGGCUCUAAAAGGUAAGAAAGAAGUUUGUGAAAUACGCACAUCUCGCAAAAGAAUAAAUAUGAUAUGCCAUGUAUCUGGAAACUCAUAUGCAUGUGUGAGUGACGAUGGAAGCUUUUCAUACUUCGAUGUGGAGCUUGGUAUUGUUCUUCAGACAUCUGCAGUAAGGCAAAGCCCACUCAAUGUAUGUGCAUAUGUUAAUGACAAGCUUCACUUUUGUGGCGCAGAUUCGCGAGUGAUAGCAUUCUCAAGGACUGGGAUGAAGUUUAUCAAGUCUUAUCAAAUAGACACACAUUAUGCUGAAGUCAAGAACAUUCUUGUGGAUAACGACAGAAUAGUCACGUCUGGAAAAGACACAAUACUAAGCAUUAUGUGGCCUACUUCGAACAAGUAUUUGGAUAACAAAGUGUUCCAUAAAGCAGUCGAGCUUGGUGCUUCGAGUAUAGGUAGGGAAUUCUAUAUUAAUUGCAGAUCUUCCAUUGAGUUCUACUUGUUAAAUGAGGGAGGCAAUAACAAGAAUAGAAAAACUAAUAAAACUGGGCUGAAGCAUAACGAAUCAAGUGUGGUUAGCAACAGGAAGAUAACAUUCAAACUUUCUGAAUCAUCAAUGGAAACAAUCGGAUACAGGAGACAGUCUUACAGACAUCCUCUUAGAGUUACUGUUGAUAAAAAUGUACUGUGCUCAAGUGUUUCACCUGAUUUUAAACGCCUCGCAUACUCGAAUUCAAAAGAAACAAGGAUUCUGAACCUAAUUAUUGGUGCUUCGAAAGCAAAAGCAAGUGUAAGGAAAGUCAAAUAUGAACCUGCAAAUAGACUGAUAAUGACAAAUGAAUUUAUGAUACUUCAAAACUAUAAGUACGAGGUUGUUUUAAUAAACAUAAACUCAAGUGAAGUUGUUAGAAGCAUUACAUUUGAUAACUACAAAGAAUGUGUUUAUUUGAUCAGGGAUGUAAUAAUACUGAGCCAUUCUAAAAAAAUUUAUUCUAUUAACGAUGCAAAAGAUAUCUGGACGCUGGAUGUCGAUGGAGACAUAAUUGGAGCAUGCGAAUGCGAUGAAGACACAUUUAUUGUUUUUACUAUGCUUAAUUGUCUCGAUGCAAAAAAGAAGUAUACUGUCUAUAGAGUUGCAUUUGAAGACCACUUUUCUGCUCAGAUCAAGACGUUUGAGAGUUAUGCCUUGAUAACAUCUGUGUCAUACUUGGAUAACAAAAUAGCAUUUACAAAUAACAACUCAAUACAAAUGCUUGAUGAAGAGAUGAGAGAGGAGAAGUAUCCGCUUGGAUCGAUAAUAUAUGGAUGCAUAGGCAUGAAAGAUGAGGCAAUUGCAAUCCAGGAUUCAUGGAGCAACAUAAGACUAAGCUUGCCUGCUGGAGUGUUCAAAGAAAAAUUUUCGAAUAAAUAG